CCUAAACACAGGGUCUGACAUAAAAAUUCGCGCUCUUUGACCGCAACCUUAUGCCUCCGUCAAACAAGAGUCAUAUUCGCAAGGAGGAGUGGGAACGGCGACUUCAUGAUGUCCACAUAUCCAGAAAUGACUUGAAUCGCCUGGUGAUGGACUAUCUCGUCAUCGAGGGGUACAAGACUGCUGCGGAAGAAUUCAGUCGGGAGGCAGACCUUUCGCCUAGUGUCGACCUUGAGAGCAUAGAGAGCCGUAUGAAUAUUCGUGAAGCGUUACAAAGAGGUGACGUUGCGGAGGCGAUUACGAGGGUCAACGAUCUGAAUCCUGAGAUCCUGGAUAUGAACCCGGCUCUCUAUUUCCGUCUGCAACAACAAAAGCUUAUCGAAUUCAUUAGGCAAGGCAGAAUUCAGGAAGCUCUGGAAUUCGCUCAGGAAGAGCUCGCACCUCGAGGUGAGGAGAAUCCAGAGUUCCUCUCGGAGCUCGAGAAGACAAUGGCCUUGCUUGCUUUCGAGUCGUCUCCUCUGGCCCCGCCCGCGAUUGCCGAGCUUUUAUCGCCGGGUCAACGGCUGAAGACGGCGAGUGCGGUGAAUGCAGCGAUCUUGGAAAGCUUGAGUCAAGCAAAGGAGGCCAAGCUGGUUGGCAUGUUGAAGCUCAUGUCUUGGGGUGCGUCAAUGCUUGAGGAGAAGGCCGACUUCCCAAAGCUUGAUGUGAUUGAAGGCACAUUCAAUUGAACGGGCUUAAUUUGUAUCUGUAUUCACUAUGGACUAUUUAUUCUUCUGGAAUUGUGGUCACGUUCUGUCUCGUGUUCCUCAUGUAUUAUACGUGUGCACCCUGAUACCAAUCGCUAGUGCCCUGGGAUGAAAAGCGCAUUGCGAGAUAGGAAGCUCAUGUGCCGGACUCUGUAGUUGACCAUGGAGGAAUGCACGCAUAGAUUGCCGCGAAGAGAAGAGGAAACUAGCUUCUAGAUCGGAGA